GCGCCAGGUGCCCGAGCGGCGGUGCGGCGAGGCCCACGCGUGCUGCGAGCAGGCCCAGGCGGAGGCCGAGGCCACGACGGCCCUGGCGGCCCGGUGCCGGAUGCUGGCGGCGGCCUGCAGGGGGCGCCCGAGGCCUCACGAGGCCGACCGCGCUGGCGGGCCUACCGUGGAGGGCGCGGCCGCUCCGUGCUUCCCGUUCGGAGGCUGCGUCUACGACGACUGUGUUUACGACUUCGACAUGCUUUUGCGCAUCCGCAGGAGCACAUCCCGAUCGUCCUCAUCCACAGCUCCCGUGGAGCUGCCGAGGCUCGACGUUAGGCCGAGGCAGCGCUUCGAGCCCGACCCGAGCGCCGCCAAUCCGCAGGAGCCGCCCCCCGCCCGAGCCAGCGCCGGCCCGCUCCCG